AUGGUUGACAAUGAUGGGCACAGUGAGAUCACUACUAAAACAACAAGACAAUCAAGCAAGAUAAUCGUACUUUUGACUGGAAACAGCGUGAAAACAGUGUGGCUGUGUCACUGCGAAAAGUUGGCGUACGACGGAUACUAUUUUGGCUGUGUCUUUUUUACAGGGAGAGAAAAAGAAAAAAUAUUUAUUAUAUUCAAGCAAAAGAGUCUUGUUUAUGUUGGUAGUAGCUUUUUCUACUUUUUAUACAGAGCAUUUUUCAGUGAUAUGCUAAAGAUAUACCAACCUUACCUUUUAUUCGAUGUAAAGGAAUAUCCUUUUUUUUACUAUUAUUUCAAAAGCGAUUUAUUCUGCAAAAUACCAAUGAUGGUUCAUGGUUUUCAAAGAAAUAACCCAUCAAAUGUAAAAAGCUAUACGUCGUACGCGCGUACGCUAUAUAGUACUCCAUACGUACGACGGACAAAUUUUUUGCAGUGGCAUGUAAAAUGUCUAUCAUAA